AUGAACAUUUCAUCUAUGCUAUCAAGUGAUAGCACUACUACAACAACAACUACACCAGUGAAACAAGAACAACCAUCUUAUAGUAAUGGAUCUGCUCACGAGGUCUCUUCAAAUGGUACGACGGGAGCAUAUCAACCGAUUCAGAGCCCAGUUGGCUACCAUCAACCAAUUCAAACCCAACUUGGCCACCACCAACCAGGUUCACAACAUGCCGAAACAUCACAACCUGUGUAUCCAACCAAGGAUAACAACGGCUUUAAUCAACCACCUCUUGAGCCUUUACCAACUUUAUUCAAAGAAAAUUCAAUAGUGUCCAGCAUACUACCACCAGUCAAUACGUUGGCAGAUUUCCCUGACAUUACACCGCAAAUUGAUCAACAAUACAAGUCGAAAUUUCAAUCCAACAUUAACAUCAUUAACCAGUUGGACAGAUACCAAAGAUUAAGCCAUGACUUGAAGUUGUUAAAAUUUGAUGAAGCCAAGUUGAACAACUACUUGAUAAACACACAUCAGUUUGCUGCCAAUUAUAUCGAUAGAGUUGUUGCUGAAGACAUCUCUUCAAGAGCUAAUAAGAUCAGUGACACUAACAAAAAUAAAGAGUUGGUACUUAUUGAUUAUUCCAAACCAUUGCAUCACAAUAGCACUAGAGGAAAAGAAUACAAAUGGGGAUCCACAAGAGAAAUACACAAGGUGGAGCAUAAAUCAAGAAAGAGAAAGCCAACAGAGGAGACAACUACAGCUAAUGGUGUCGCAAACAAUGGUAACAGCAACAACAUGAAAAUUGCUACUCCUCUGAAUGGCUCUAAUGGUCCCGUCCCCAUUAUGCCCAAAACUGCUGUACCACAGGAGAUUAUUGAUUUAAAUGUAAGGCGAAGCAGUCGUCCCAAAGCCAAGAGAAAGACAUAUGACGACGAAGGUGGGGAGUUUGACGAGGACUUGUAUUUGGAAGAGGAUGACAGUGAAGUUGGUACAACACCACAACCAGCAGGAGGCGAUGUCAAGCGGUUGAAAGUGGAACCAGAUACCAAACCAAAGUCAGGACAGACAUCUAGUAUGACUACGAAAGAACAGAGGGCAUUUAUGAGACAAUACGACACUACUUAUGUUGCUAUUUGGAAGGAUAUGUCACGUAAGGAUGGACCUAAAGUAAGCAGACUAAUGCAACAAUCAACUCAAGCGAAACUAAUCAAUUUGAAAAAAACGUGCCUUUUGGCUGCAAGGGAGGCCAAAAGGUGGCAAUUGAGAAACACCAAGAAUCAAAAGGAUUUGACUACAAAAGCGAGAAGAGCAAUGAGAGAAAUGUUCAACUUUUGGAAACGUAAUGAGAGGAUUGAACGAGAAUUGAAGAAGAAGCAUGAAAAGGAAUUGGUUGACAAGGCCAAGAAAGAAGAAGAGGAUCGUGAAGCCAAACGUCAAUCGAGAAAAUUGAAUUUUUUGAUUACUCAAACCGAGUUGUACUCACAUUUCAUUGGUAAGAAAAUCAAGACUGAUGAAAUUGAAGGUGCUGAUUCUGAUCCAACAAUCAAACCACAAUCAAAAGAACAUUUGGAUAAAUUUGCAAACGUUGAUGCGGCAAAUAAUGAUAUCCUGACGUUGGAUUUCGAUAAUGACGAUGAAGAUGCAUUGCAUAGAGCAGCAGCACAAAAUGCGCAAAGUGCAUUGAUGAAUGCUCAAAACAAGGCUAAACAGUUUGAUGAUUCAGAGCCAUUCAAGAAUCCAGACACCAAUGGAGAAGAGAUGAAUUUCCAAAACCCAACUUUGCUUGGGGAUAUUAGUAUCGAACAACCAAAGAUGUUAACGUGUACAUUGAAAGAAUACCAAAUCAAGGGGUUAAACUGGUUGGCCAAUUUAUACGAACAGGGUAUUAAUGGUAUUUUGGCCGAUGAGAUGGGUUUAGGUAAAACAGUACAGAGUAUAUCGGUGCUUGCAUAUUUGGCAGAAACCCAUAACAUAUGGGGUCCAUAUUUGGUUGUUACCCCUUCAUCAACGUUACAUAAUUGGCAGCAAGAGAUUUCCCGAUUUGUCCCACAAUUUAAAGUUUUACCAUACUGGGGUCACGCUAAAGAUCGUAAGGUUUUACGUAAAUUUUGGGAUCGAAAAUCAUUGAGGUAUGACAAGGAUGCUCCAUUCCAUGUAUUAGUUACAUCAUAUCAGUUGAUUGUUUCCGAUAUUGCUUAUUUCCAAAAGAUGAAGUGGCAAUAUAUGAUUUUGGAUGAGGCACAAGCUAUUAAGUCAUCUCAAUCUUCAAGAUGGAAGUCACUUUUGUCAUUGAGUUGUCGUAAUAGGUUGUUGUUGACAGGUACCCCCAUACAAAACUCGAUGCAAGAAUUGUGGGCAUUGUUGCAUUUUAUAAUGCCGACAUUGUUUGAUUCUCAUGACGAAUUUAGUGAUUGGUUCUCCAAGGAUAUUGAAAGUCAUGCACAAUCAAAUACUGGAUUAGAUGAGCAACAAUUGAGAAGAUUACACAUGAUUUUGAAACCUUUUAUGUUGAGACGUAUUAAAAAGAAUGUUCAAAGUGAAUUGGGUGAUAAAGUGGAAAUUGAUUUAUUCUGUGAUUUAACCAAUAGACAAAAGAAAUAUUAUCAAAUGUUGAAAUCACAAAUUUCAAUUAUGGAUUUAUUGGAUGCAGCAAAUUCAAAUUCAGACGAUUCAACCUCAUUGGUUAAUUUAGUGAUGCAGUUUAGAAAAGUUUGUAAUCAUCCUGAUUUAUUUGAACGAGCUGACGUGAGAUCGCCUUUUUCAUUUGGAAAAUUUGCUGAAACGAGCUCGUUUUUGAGAGAAGGUAAUGAUUUAGAGUAUAGCUAUUCCACCGAGAAUGAAAUCAACUAUGAGUUGCCAAGAUUGAUUUACGAUGAGUUGUUGACUCCUAAUUUUGAAAAGAAUGCUACGGAUUCAUUGUAUGAAAGGUUUAACAUAUACAAUGCUGUGAAUGCCAAAGAUUCGGGAUGGGUUGAUGGUGUUGGUACUUCACUAAGUGAGAUGCAAACUAUAGCUAAAUCAAACGUUAUUGAACGUGCUUUUGACUUGCACAAGUAUACAACUGGAUCACAAAUUGGUAAAAUCAACUAUUUAUAUGAGGAAGAAGAGUAUACGCCUCAGCACUCCAAAUUACUAAUUGUUGACAAUAAUAAUUUAAACUUGACUUCAUCUCGAGUAUCCAAUUCACCCAUCCUAGCUGAACUUUGUUCAGUUUCUAAACCAGUGUAUGAUGAGAUGUACUUGAAUCGAUUGGAUCCAGCAUAUACACCAAUAGCAUCAGCUCCACCAGUCACAAUCACAUGUUCCUCAAUCAAUUUUGCCAAUGAGUACCAAAACGAACUAUUCAACCCCAAAUUACGCUCAUCACUAGCACCAAUGUCAUUGAAUGAAGAGUACCGAUUCAUGCAAAACCAAAUCCCCAUUGAUCAGUACCCGCCCACAAACAUGUUGCCGCCAUCAAUCAAUAAAUUUAUUGACUACUCAAACAUUCGUAUGCCCUCCAUGGAUAGAUUUAUUACCGAAUCGGGUAAAUUAGCCAAAUUGGAUGAAUUGCUUGUCAAUUUGAAACAACACGAUCAUCGUGUACUUAUUUAUUUCCAAAUGACCAAGAUGAUGGAUUUAAUGGAAGAAUACCUCACUUAUCGUCAACACAAGUAUAUUCGACUCGAUGGAUCAUCGAAAUUGGAUGAUCGAAGGGAUUUGGUCCACGACUGGCAAACCAAGCCAGAAAUUUUUGUGUUUUUACUAAGUACAAGAGCUGGUGGAUUGGGGAUCAAUUUAACCGCGGCUGAUACGGUCAUUUUUUACGAUUCGGAUUGGAACCCAACCAUUGAUUCACAAGCUAUGGAUCGUGCUCAUCGAUUGGGUCAAACGCGUCAAGUUACCGUUUAUCGAUUGUUGACGAGAAAUACUAUUGAAGAGAGAAUGAGGGAUCGUGCUAAGCAAAAGGAACAAGUGCAACAGGUUGUUAUGGAGGGUAAGACCGGCAAUGGUGGUGCCAAUGAUGGUGCUAAUGGCGGCGCAGGCAGAGAAGAAACCAAGAGUUCGAGAAAGGAUGCGGCGUUUUUGUUGCUUGGUGAUGGUAAUGAAGCAUCGGACAAUUGA